AUGAAUGUGUCCCCAGACUCCAAGAUUGAGAUAUCCUUCUGGAUCUCUUGGGCCCUGACCAUCGCUCAUGAGGCGAGUGAAUAUACAGAACAGAAAUUCAAUGCAAACAAGAUGGGAGGGGACCCGUUCAUACCUUCUCCUCACCUAGACACCAAUCUGGUGAUGGCUUUGAGUCGGAAUGCAGAUCUGGAUCUUCCAUUUCAUCAGUCAGAUUCCUCAAUCACAGUUCAGAUGCAGAUCAAUAUUGCAAGAUACAGCAAAUUGAUAUCCCCAAAGGACACUGGCCAUAAUGAAGAGAGAGAGAAGAAGCUGCUUGACAGGUCUCCUCCUGGCCAUGAGGGUACCAAGUUUGUUGACAUGCCCGCCACAGUUCUUGAUGUCACUGGUGCCAUUAUUGUGUGGUAUCUUCCAGGUGCACUCAUGGACACUACCCAGGUAUUUCAGAUCCUUUAUCGCCUGAUGGAUCUGGAAUACUGA